AUGACGAGAGACUGCACUGCUGGUGCACAGAAGUUUAGGAACAAAACACAUCUGACCGAGACCUGCCUGUUACAUGCCGCUGUAGGAGUGCUGGUCCUGUCCUGGUACCCGCCCGGCCUAGCAGGCAACAACAGGGAGCCGUCGGACAGCCUCGUGCCUUCCAUACUGGACGCUGCGCACAGAUACGCCAUAAAGGUUGCCUUUCAUAUCCAGCCAUACAAAGGGCACGAUGACCACACUGUGCCUGAGAAUAUCAAAUACAUCAUGGACAAAUACGGAUCACACGCAGCUUUUUAUACGUACAAGACCAGCACCGGCAAGAUUCUCCCGCUGUUUUAUAUCUAUGAUUCCUACUUGACACCAGCUGAGUCCUGGGCCAACCUUCUCACGCCAUCAGGCUCCCGCUCUCUCCACAACACCGCUUACAAACUGUUCAUAACGCUGCUGGUGGAGGAGGGACACAAGCACGAUAUCCUCUCCGCAGGGUACGAUGGCAUGUACAGAUACUGUGCGUCCAGUUUCUCUUUUGGCUUAUCCCACCAGAACUGGAAAGCAAUCAAAACUUUCUGCGACUCCAAUAACCUGAUGUUUGUCCCCAGCGUUGGCCCAGGCUACACUGACACCAGCAUUCGCCUGAACAACCACAACACUCAGAACAGAGUCAACGGGAAGUACUAUGAAACAGCUCUGCAGGCUGCCCUGGUCAGGCCAGAGAUCGUCUCCAUCACAUCCUUUAACGAAUGGCACGAAGGCACCCAGAUCGAGAAAGCCGUACCCAAGAAGAUGCUGACACACCUUUAUCUGGACUACCUUCCUCAACAGCCGAGCAUGUACCUGGAGCUGACUCGCAGCUGGGCAGAACAUUUCAGCAAAGAGAAAGAGCAGUGAUUGAUGUGA